CCCAGCGCUGCGUUGCUCGUCGCAGGCCGAGCGGGCGGAAGUCUUGCGCUCGGGGCUCCGUCCGGGGCUGCCGCGGGCCCCGAAGGCCGUGCUUUUUUGAGUCGCGGCAGCGGCGGCAGUGAGUGCGAACCCGCCCAGUCGGGUGCCGAUUUCCCAAGGGGACGGAAGCCGGGAGCGGGUAGCGAGGUCGUGUGGAGGCCGCCGCGAGGCCCGGGAAGGCGGCGCGCUCGCGUUCCUCCCCUCCCCGCCUCCCCCCCCCGCCCUCCCCUCAGGCCUCGGCCCGGAUCCCGGCGCCCACAUGGCCUCCGGAGUGGGCGCGGCCUUGGAGGAGCUGCCUCACGACGGCACGUGUGACGAGUGCGAGCCCGACGAGGCUCCCGGGGCCGAGGAAGUGUGCCGGGAAUGCGGCUUCUGCUACUGCCACCGCCACGCCGAGGCGCACAAGCAGAAGUUCCUCUCUCACCACCUGGCCGAGUACGUCCAUGGCGCCCCGGCCUGGACCUCGCGGGCCCCCGGGGAGGUGGCGGGGAAGGAAGACCUCGAGGCCCAGGGGGAGCCCGACAGGGAGAUAGAGAGUGAGGCCGGGGAAGAAGAGAGCGAGUCUGAGGGAGACAGUGAGUCGGAAGAAGAGAGCGAGACGGAGGAAGAGAGCGACGAGGAGAGCGAAGAAGACAGCGAGGAAGAAAUGGAGGACGAGCAGGAAAGCGAAGCCGAGGAAGACAACCAAGAGGGAGAAUCAGAGGCCGAAGGGGAAACUGAGGCCGAAAGCGAAUUUGACCCCGAAAUAGAAAUGGAAGCAGAGAGAGUGGCCAAGAGGAAGUGUCCGGACCAUGGGCUCGAUUUGAGUACCUAUUGCCAGGAGGAUAGGCAGCUCAUCUGUGUCCUGUGUCCAGUCAUUGGGGCCCACCAGGGCCACCAGCUCUCCACCCUAGAUGAAGCCUUCGAAGAGCUAAGAAGCAAAGACUCUGGCGGACUGAAGGCGGCUAUGAUAGAGUUGGUGGAAAGGUUAAAGUUCAAGAGCUCAGACCCUAAAGUAACUCGGGACCAGAUGAAAAUAUUUAUACAGCAAGAGUUUAAGAAAGUUCAAAAGGUGAUUGCUGAUGAAGAGCAGAAGGCCCUUCAUCUAGUGGACAUCCAGGAAGCAAUGGCCACAGCUCAUGUGACUGAGAUACUGGCAGAUAUCCAGUCCCACAUGGAUAGGUUGAUGACUCAGAUGGCCCAGGCCAAGGAACAACUUGAUACCUCUAAUGAAUCAGCUGAGCCAAAGGCAGAGGGUGACGAGGAAGGACCCAGUGGUGCCAGUGAAGAAGAGGACACAUGAAGACUCAUUGCUCCCUGUGGAAAAUCAUCCCUCCCCUGUGUGUGUGUGACAGCAUGUAUGUAACAGCUUCUGAUGUCUGUGAAAGCUGCCCAGCAACAAACGUCUUUUUACCGGAUAUGUUCCCAGAUCCACAGCAGGCACACAUCUCUCCAAGGAACAGCAAGUUUAUGUUUAUUGACUGUGUGCUGCUCAUACUCUUGUUAUGGUAGGUCAAGGAAAGAGUCCCUUUGAUCAACCUGGAGCAAUUAAGAAGGGUUCUUCAAGGAACCUCUCAGUGGCUGCUUUGCACUUACUCAGGAAAGCCAGCCCCAGUAAUACUGUGUAAGUCAACAGUAUCACUUCAUUAGGAAGGAUCUGGAAUAAUCUUGAAAGAAAGAGGAGGUUUUUUUGCCUACCUGCAAACAAAAAUCCUAUUUUGUUUAUAUCGAAGCAUGAAACAAAUGAGGGCAAAUGACUCAUGUUGACAGUCUUUCAUAGUCCAGUUCUCCAAGGUCAUGCUAUGAAUUAGGCUGAGUGACUUGAAAAUGGGGUUGGAGAAAGAGUUAAAAGCUAGAAAGAUACAGAUAUUUUUAGUAUGUGAGGUUAUCCAGGACUUUAGAUUCAUAAUUCAGUGAUGUGGAAAUGAAAAAAAAAAAUGAAGAGCUAGAAAGGAAAUGACCUUGAAGAGGUGGGGACAGGAGAAGAGGACCAAAGAAAGCUGAUUAAAAGUUGAAAUCAGAAUACUUCUGACUUCAAAUUGCUUGAGUUUCAAAAAUAUUCAUUUAAGACAAGUUAUUUGGGUGAAUUCUGUAGGUUUUAUGGGCUUGUCAUAUCACAAAAGGCUGGAAUGUAUAUAUUUAUUGCCAGAUGUAGGUUUUGCCAAUUCCACCCCCAGGUUAGCUUAAUAUGGCUUACAUGCAGUAUAAUGGAUGUCUCACCACUCUGUGGCAAACUUGCUCAGUUCAGUACCAGCUCCCAGCAGAGUCUCUCAUUUUAUGAUGACUGGAAUCUUUACUUGGCACUACCCACCCACAGACCUUCAGAUCAUCUCUCAUACCCUAGCUCUCCCAUCUUUAAGUAACAGGAAGGGAGACACUCUAGAGCUGGAUUUCCUGGCAUUGCCCCACUCCCAAAUCACAAUUCCUUACGACUAAGCCUUUUAGCCCUGAAGGAAGCAGCAGAUGUGACAGGAGAAUACAGAGCUAAGUUCACAACACACAUCUUCCUGUCAACAUCAGUUUCUCCUGACAAGUGGUUUGAAGUCAGGUGAUAACCUUAUUUUUAUAUAAAACAGCUAUGUUAUGGACUAGAAUAUUCAUACAUAUAUACUAUUAAGAUAAAAUGAAAAAUUUGGAAAGCAGCUUUUGCUUGAAAGUAUGUGAUGUGUUCCCUCGCUUCUGAGGAAUACAGAAACUACAUCCAGGCAGCCUUGGAGUUGCUGGUAACCAAGGGUCUAGACUUCUAGUGCCUCUGAAGCAGAACCCAGUAGCUUGCUUUGAGGGGAAUACCUCUCUCUUCCUGUGUGCCCGCCGCUUGCCUGCCUUUGACUUGUGCACUUAUCACAAAGCUUUAGGGCCAGCUGGUAUGUGUGCAUGCAGGACAGGUCUGAGGCAGAAACAACACAUGCUUUAUGUAGGAGUGCUGCUUAGAUCAUUGUUCACAUCUGUGCAUGCUAUGGAAUGACAUUCCGUUGAUCUGGAAAGCAUAUGCUUCUAGGUUAUUCUAGGUUAGUAUUACCUAGCUCACUACACAUAUAGAGAUAUUGUAACAGAGAGGAGCUUGAGUUGCUGAAAAGAAAAAUGAUUUUAUUUUUAUCUGGUGUCCAACAAAGGCUGAGAUAGUUUUGGUGCUUUAUCUAUCUGUCCACAAAAGCUGGAGACACAAGUUAAAAACCUCCAACUAUAUCCUACCCUAAAAGAAGGACCAACAGCCACUCUUGAGAGUUUAGGCUAUCAGAAGAAUGAAAAGACUUUAGUAUUUGGAAGUUCAUGUUGUCUUUCCCCCAUAAUCAUUGUUUAAUCUCCAAAUGGUAACUUUGUAUUAACAAUGAGCAGAUCAUUGACUCUCCAUACUUGAUCAUCUGUUAUUACUUUAAGUCAGUGUUUAGAAAAUCCGAGCAUUUAUGUGGUAGAUAUAAACAAAAAUAUAAAAAUAUGUGCCAACCUGUCUCAAUAAAUUAUCUGAUGUCUGUAAUCCUCAAGGAAAGCACUUUUGCUUUAGCUAGAAAGGGUUUCAGAUUUGCCUUGUGGGCUCCUGCUGUCUUCAGCACCUGAUAAAACUUUAACCAGGGAAGCAUUAAACACCACACAGCAGCUUCUGCCCAGGCUCCAAAGUUCCUGCUGGCAGCAUUUGUCAGUGUAAGAACUAGGAAGCUUCCUGCAGUGGGACUAGCUUCCCACCAGAACUUGAGCAUGCUGCUUGGCCUUAAGCCCCAACACAAUGAGGCUUCCCUCCAGCCAGGUCAGUGAGUUAGAGUACUUAGAGUUGUAUGCUCACUGGUCAUAGGCAGCAGGGUUUGCAGAAAUCACUAGGGGAAAGUCAUUAAGAAUUACAGGUAAUGAAUGUCCCCAGAAUGAAUCGGGUACUUAGAGGAAUACCUGGUUCACUUCCCAAUGUGGGUUUCUCCAUUCUCAGAGAGACUUGUCCUUUGAUAUAAUAUCACUAAAUUUGGAGCAAUCCUAAAAAGUACUUGAAGUCUUAGCUCUGACAUCCCAGGAAGACAAUGACCUGUAUUGAGGAUUGCAUGUGAGCCCAGGCCCUGUAUUACCCUCCAUUUCUUAGGUGAUAAAACAAUGCAGAAAGGAAAUUACCUGUCUUGAGUUGCCCAGCUAGGAAAGACUGGAGCCAGUGUGGAUAGUCCUUUGUCCCAUGACAGAGUCCAAUUAAAAUAUGGAGAACAAGAAAGGCUCACAUUUCCCCCACUAUCAAUUCGUUUUCAAGAGGACAUUUUGUGGCUAUAGUUUGGGCUCCAGAAUACAUCCAAGAUUGCCUUGGUCCUCAGCUUUAGCAAAUGCUUAAAAUAGAUCUGGAGCCUGCCUGCCCAAGUUGGGGAACCUUUGUCCUUAGUGCCAACUUCCAUGAAUUAGCUUCUUCUUGGCCUUCAUAGUGUAGAACUUUUCAGAAAUUUCAGUAUAAAUAAAGGUGUUCUGCUCUAUUAUUUUAAACUUUUCUGCUGUUUCAUUUUUGUGGAAACGGAAAUUUCAUGUUUUAGUAAACCUAGCCACAAGAUCUAUGUUCUGUGAGGGUGUGCCAAUUCAGAGUCUUGUGAACCUAGACUCCCCUACUAAUAUGUCUGUACGUACACCUAUAUGUGAAAUGACAGAGGUGAUGUGUAGCAAUAUGCAUAUAUGCACACAUGUACACACUCACCAACAAAGCAGCCCCUCCUUGCCUUGCAUACCAUCCUUUGCAGAGGCUUCUUCCAAUCUGAUUGCCACUAAAUAACUAGAGGCUAGGUGUUUACUUAAAAGAAGAGUAACUCAGUGGUUAUCGGCUCCUGAAGCAACAAGCAAGGUGACAGCCAUGAAGGAAAUUGCACUCUGGCCCUCUUCUCAGAUGGCAAGUCACAUGGAAAAUUUGGGUGCCCAGCCAUUUUUAUGACAUUUCGGGCCCUCCAAGUGAGCUCGAGGGUACACCUCUAGAAUUCACAAUCUGUAGUAAUAGCAGCAAGUCCUCCCCCACCUAGAAAAUACUCUCCUGCUGAUUCCUGACAUUUUACCCUCACAUAAUAGCUCUUCAAUGUGUGCUUUUCUGUAAGAAAAUAUGUUCUGUGUUUUCCGUGUGCUGAACACAUUCAGAUUUUUCUGUUUAAAAACAAAAAUCUCAUUACAUAUAAAGUCCAGCCCUUCCCUGUGAGAAAAAGCCCAUAGGGAAAAGUCUACAUCUCAUUGAUCUGCCUUUUCUGAAGCUCCCAACCCUAGUCCAUUCCAAAAGCCACAGACCUGGGCAGUUUGUGGUUAAAAAAAAAAAAAGAUCAUUUAGAAUACUGGGCACCUGCCUGCUAAGACAGAAACAGAGCAUAUCAGAAAGAGCAGGAAAGUGAAGAUAAACAAAGACAUUUGUGUAUACACUGGUGCUAAAAGCACCAGUGAGCCCAGGCUGGGCUUGGUAGGACCUCGAGGGGACAGCAGAUUUAUACUUGAUGGGAGUUAAACUUGACCAGUCUUCUUACAGUGACAGAGCACACUGCAUGAGUGGAUAGAACCAACCCAUCCAUUGUCUUCUGCAUCGUCACAUUCCCUCCUUAGUCAUUUCCCCUUCCUCUCUUUAUACCAGACUAGGGAACACUCAAUCUUUCAAGGGAAUUACACGUUUGAGUUAAUGUUUCAGGUUAUCAUUUUCAUACUGUAAAUUAUUUUGUAAGAGAUUUACUGCAUAUCCCAGGAUGUUCGGACUUGGCUCCCCUGUAUAUUUGGAAAUCAAUAAACUAUUACUGGAAAUAC